AUGCCUGCACCGACCUCCGAGUACCUGUUCGACCCAGCCCUCAUCCCCGCCGACGCCGGCGCGCCCCUCCCCGAGGGCCUCACCCUCCGCCCGCUCGCCUCGUCCGACUACGCUCGCGGCCACCUCGCCCUCCUCGCCCACCUCACUGCAGCCCCCGACGUCGGCCAAGCCACCUGGUCCACCCGCUACAGCGACCUCGACCGCGUCAACCGCGCCCAGCUCACCUACCUCGCGCUCGUCCUCGUCGACGACGCGACCGACACCCUCGUCGCACACGCCACCGUCUUCCUCGAGCGCAAGUUCCUCCGCAACGCUGGCACCGUCGGCCACAUCGAGGACGUCGUCGUCGACCCAAAGAUGCAGGGCAACAAACUCGGCCUCAAGCUCCUCGAGGUCCUCACCGCCCUCAGCGAGCAGUGCGGCGCGUACAAGACGAUCCUCGACUGUGACCCGAAGAACGAGGCUUUCUACGUCAACUACGAGAACAAGGGCUGCGAGAUGGCCAAGUACCGCUGA